CAGAUUGUGACCGAGCUGGCAGUUUAGAGGUCUUGCAAUCCGGACUUUUUUGUUUUCCCAGUUAUCAUCGUCGUCGUCAAAGUAACAGUUGCCCACGUUUAGGGUACCUAGUAUCCGAGAAUUUGUAAUGAGAAAGCUCCCCAUCCUCAGAGGCAGCCCCCUUCAACCAGUUGUGUUUUUAAUUCUGAUUGCUAAAAAAUUGCUAAACAAAAUACUUACAUGCUAGUUCCUGAUUUCUUCUAGUUAACGUUUGACUUCAUAUCACGAUAAAUGAGGAUCGAGCAUAGUACACCAUCCCCUUCUUUAUCUCUCCUUAAUUUACCCUUGUAACUUAAAGCAACCUACUCAUCCAUUGGGUUUUAAAACUAUGCACUCCGUUCUCUGUUACUUAUUACAUCAGUUUUUAGUAGUAAUCCUGGGAAUAGGUUAAGGUAAGUGAAGAAUCCCCUUGGGACACAAUUUAAGGGAGCACUAAUCAAGAUUGAUAAAGGCAAGAUAAUUAUUACUGAUCUUUCCUUUUGUCUCAGUUCCCCAUAUACCAGGACUAGCCACUGUUGCUACGUUUUUAAUGCCCCCAGACAUUAAACUAUUAUUUCGUUUGGCUACUGUGUUUGGAUCUUACUCCUCUUGUCAGAAGCUGGCUUUCCAAAUACCACCAAGUAGGCUCCACUCCCAGCACUGAGCCCAACGUGGAGCUCGAACUCGAGACCCUGAGAUCCAGAAGUGAGCUGAUAACGAGUUGGACGCUUACCCAACUGAGCCACCCAGGAAUCUUCAAAAAUCCACCUCUGCUCUUUGAGAUGCUGCCCAAACCUGGGAUCUAUUACUUCCCCUGGGAAGUCAGUGCUGGCCAAGUUCCCGACGGGGGCACACUGAGAACGUUCGGAAGGUUGUGCCUCUAUGACAUGACUCAGUCCCGAGUCACCCUGAGGGCUCAGCAUGGAUCUGACGAGCACCAGAUCCUGGUGUGUACCAAGCUGGUGGAGCCGUUCCAAGCCCAAGUGGACUCCAUGUAUCUUGUCCUUGGGGAGCUCGAGCACCAGGACGGAGGCUCCGUGGUGAAGGCCCGGGUGCUGACUUGUGUGGAAGGAAUGAAUCUGCCCUUGUUAGAACAAGCCGUCCGGGAGCAGAGGAGCUCUGCGGCUAUGGAUGUGUUCCAGAAGGUAGAGAAGAUCGGAGAGGGCACCUAUGGGGUGGUGUAUAAGGCCAAGAACAAGGAGACGGGGCAGCUCGUGGCCCUCAAGAAGAUCAGACUGGAUUUGGAAACUGAGGGAGUCCCAAGCACUGCCAUCAGGGAGAUCUCCCUGCUCAAAGAGCUGAAGCACCCCAACAUCGUCAGGCUGCUGGAUGUGGUGCACAGCGAGAAGAAGCUUUACCUGGUGUUUGAGUUCCUCAGCCAGGACCUAAAGAAGUACAUGGACUCCACGCCGGCCUCCGAGCUCCCCCUGCACUUGGUCAAGAGCUACCUCUUCCAGCUGCUGCAGGGGGUGAGUUUCUGCCACUCUCAUCGGGUCAUCCACCGAGACCUGAAGCCCCAGAAUCUGCUCAUCAGUGAGUUGGGUGCCAUCAAGCUGGCUGACUUCGGACUGGCUCGAGCCUUCGGGGUGCCCCUACGCACCUACACCCACGAGGUGGUGACACUUUGGUAUCGCGCCCCUGAGAUCCUCUUGGGCAGCAAGUUCUAUUCCACGGCUGUGGAUGUCUGGAGCAUCGGCUGCAUCUUUGCCGAGAUGGUGACCCGUAGAGCCCUGUUUCCUGGUGACUCUGAGAUUGACCAGCUCUUUCGGAUCUUUCGGACCCUGGGGACGCCCAGUGAAGCCAUAUGGCCAGGAGUCACCCAGCUGCCCGACUAUAAGGGCAGUUUCCCCAAGUGGACCAGGAAGGGGUUGGAGGAGAUUGUGCCCGGCCUGGAACCAGAGGGCAAGGACCUGCUCAUGCGACUCCUGCAGUACGACCCCAGCCAGCGGAUCUCCGCCAAGGCCGCCCUCGCACAUCCGUACUUCUUGUCCGCUGAGACCUCCCCGGCCCCCCCGCAGUGUGUGGUGGAGCGUUUCUGCCGCUGAGAGGGUGUGAGGUCCUCCGCCUCGGAGCCUCUCUCCGCUGCUGCCCCAGCUGCCUCCCCACCCAUGUCCCAAGAAAGAGGACCUAUCUGGGAGAGAGCAAAGUUCUGAGGAAUUUGGCAUCGGCUGCCAGAGAGCGGAGUUUGGGUUAGUCCUGCCCGCAGGUUAACGAGUUCCAGUGUUGUUUGUUGGGUUUGACAGUAUCGGUUCAAGACGGGGGCACCGGAGCUCUGUGCGCAGGGGGUAUGUUAGAGGUUGGGCCCCCUGCCGCAGGAACAGCUGCUGAGAUGAGGAGGAAGCCUGCCCCCGUGUGGCAGCGAGGCAGAGCCAGACAACGCCCCCCCCCCCCCCCCACCAAGGGAAGGGGUGCCCCCUGCCGGUCUUUUUGGCUUUAAAAUGUUUGGGGGAAGAGUUGCAUACCAGUUAAGAGUCCCAGUUUAACGGGAAGAGAGAGGACAUUUUCCUGAUCCCAGGGAACGUCUGGGAUGUGUGUGGCUGUUCUAAGUACUUGUCUUAUACUUAGGAUAUGCUUAUGUUGUUUGCCUCUGGCUUUAAGAACAGUAAAUAAAAGUGCUAUAUUUCCUGA